AUGUCGAAACAUUUGCGACUUGUCCCUCGACAUGUUUAUACCAGCUCAAUCUCUUGCAGAGCUGUGUCUUCUCUAAGCCGGGCGUCUCGAUCCAAUGGCAGCCUGAGAACUGCGCACACCACUCUUCUGAAUUCGUCGGUUCCAUGGAGACAAUCUGUAGCCCUGUCGAAUAACCCGCUGUUUAUGGGCAGCCAGCGACGAACUUAUGCGGAUUCGAUCGUAAAGGUACCGCCGAUGGCCGAGUCGAUAUCAGAAGGAACAUUAAAACAGUUUUCUAAAAAGGUUGGCGAAUAUGUUGAGCGAGACGAGGAACUUGCAACCAUCGAAACAGAUAAGAUCGAUGUCACCGUCAAUGCUCCAGAGGCAGGUACGAUCAAGGAACUUUUUGUAAAUGAGGAGGACACUGUUACCGUUGGUCAAGAUCUCGUCAGGCUGGAGACAGGGGGCCCCGCUCCCGAGAAGUCCAAAGAAGAAAAGGAGCCUGCGAAAGCGGAAGAAAAGCCAGCAGCCAAAACAGAAUCUGCUCACCCGCCACCGUCAUCGUCUCCGAAAGAAGGAGCAAAGGCCACUACCCCUCCACCAAAGUCGGAGCCAAUCGUCCAGAAAUCCUCCCCAUCCAAACCGGAGCCGGCCCAAGCGUCUCAAUCAGCCCUUGGGAAUAGGGAAGAACGCAGAGUACUCUCCCCUCCACUGAAGAAAAAGCUCUUUCGGCUGACAUGUUAUCUAGCGGCAUCGCUCACUACAUUCAACGAGGUCGACAUGUCAUCUCUCAUGGAAUUCCGUAAACUAUACAAGGACGAUAUUUUGAAGAAAACUGGUGUAAAAUUGGGCUUUAUGAGCGCGUUCUCUCGUGCCUGUGUUUUGGCUAUGAGAGAUAUUCCAACCGUCAAUGCGUCUAUUGAAGGGCCCAAUGGCGGAGAUACAAUCGUCUAUAGAGACUAUGUCGAUAUCAGCGUGGCGGUAGCGACGGAGAAGGGUCUAGUCACGCCGGUCGUACGAAACGCUGAGUCUAUGGAACUCAUUGGGAUUGAGAAGGCGAUUGCGGAAUUAGGUAAAAAGGCACGUGAUAAUAAAUUGACCAUUGAGGAUAUGGCCGGCGGCACGUUCACCAUUAGCAAUGGAGGCGUUUUUGGAUCUCUGAUGGGUACCCCGAUUAUCAACCUUCCACAAACAGCUGUGCUCGGCCUUCACGCGAUCAAGGAUAAGCCAGUCGUCGUCAAUGGAAAAAUUGAGAUCAGACCUAUGAUGUAUCUCGCAUUGACCUACGAUCACCGUCUUCUGGAUGGUCGGGAAGCCGUCACGUUCUUGGUUAAGAUUAAGGAGUAUAUCGAAGAUCCGAGGCGAAUGCUUCUGGCAUAA